AUGGUCGUCAUAGCUAAUGCACACAACGAACUAAUUCAUGACGCUGUUCUAGACUACUAUGGGAAGCGUCUUGCUACCUGCUCCUCUGACAAGACAAUCAAGAUUUUUGAAGUCGAAGGUGAAACACACAAGUUAAUAGACACAUUGACCGGUCACGAAGGUCCCGUUUGGCGCGUUGAUUGGGCGCAUCCUAAAUUCGGUACCAUUUUGGCAUCGUGCUCUUACGAUGGUAAAGUAUUGAUCUGGAAGGAAGAAAACGGUAGAUGGUCCCAAAUUGCCGUUCAUGCUGUACACUCCGCCUCUGUUAACUCCGUUCAGUGGGCACCUCAUGAAUAUGGCCCCCUACUAUUAGUUGCUUCUUCUGAUGGUAAAGUGUCCGUAGUGGAAUUCAAGGAAAACGGUACCACAUCCCCAAUAAUCAUCGACGCUCACGCCGUUGGUGUCAACUCAGCUUCUUGGGCCCCAGCUACCGUCGAAGAAGAUGGCGAACAUGGUGGUGCCAAGGAAUCUCGUAAGUUCGUCACUGGAGGUGCCGACAAUUUGGUUAAGAUUUGGAAGCACAAUUCAGAUGCACAAACCUAUGUCUUGGAGUGUACUUUGGAAGGUCACAGUGACUGGGUGAGAGAUGUAGCAUGGUCUCCAACCGUUCUCCUACGUUCUUAUUUGGCUAGUGUUUCACAAGACCGUACUUGCAUCAUUUGGACUCAAGAUAAAGAACAAGGCCCAUGGAAGAAGACUCUAUUGAAAGAAGAAAAGUUCCCAGAUGUCUUAUGGAGGGCCAGUUGGUCUUUAUCCGGCAAUGUACUAGCUCUUUCUGGUGGCGACAAUAAAGUUACCUUAUGGAAGGAAAAUCUUGAGGGUAAAUGGGAACCCGCUGGCGAAGUCCAUCAGUGA